AAUUCCUUGUAGGUUUUAAGAUACUCCAGCCGUAGGAUUGUGAAUAAAAACGAGAAAUAAGAGACGAUUUCUUAAACAACCUUAGGCCGAAGUGUCUUGUGAACCGAAACAGAUGGAGAGUGACACGUGUGAAGGAUGGUGUUGCUACAUGUGAAGCGUGGCGAGGAGUCUCUGUUCCUUCUGGAGGUGGGUGUGUCGACGGGUGUGGGUGAAGUGUUGGAGAGAGUGGUGCAGCUCCACAAUGCAACACUGAAGGUCCUGCGGCUGUGUGCUGACAUAGAGCAGCUGGCAGAGUAUGGCCCUUCGCUUCCACCAGAGAUGCAGGGAUUGGCUGAUGAACAGAUUGAGGAACUAAACCUGAAAGAUGACUGGGCAGAGAAGAGUGUGGCUAGUGGUGGUGAGGUGGAGAACAGGGAUCCCACAGGGCGGCGGUGUGGCAGGCAACCCACAGAGAAGAUAAGGAAGGUUCUUCUUGAUGCAGUGCGGGAAGCAAAGGGUCUCGUGUCAAAGGAACUAGCGAAGGCCGGGACUCCAAUGACCCUCCGCCACCCACAGGACGCCCUGGCUCUGCUUGGGGGGGCAGUGACCAUGGCCUACCCAGCCGGCCUGCCCCCCCACGACCCAGUGAGGGAGGAGAGAGAGAGCAGAGAGAGACUGGAGGGCACACAGGCUGGCAAGAUGGUCCUGGAAUCUGCAAUGACACAGCUCUGGUUUGCUGGGAAGGAGCUGCAGUGUGACAAGAGACUGAGAGAUUACCUGGGCAACAAUGAGAAGACUAAGGUGAUAGUCAAGGUGCAGAGGAGAGGAGUGGGGGCACCAGCCAGGGAACCCCAGCUGACCCCUGACCAGCAGAAGGCUUUGAUGGUGCAGCAGUUCAAGAGGAGGGAGGAGCUGCAGAAACUGGAGGAAGCAGAGGAUGACUCAUACCUGGACUCAAGCUGGGCAGACUCCAGACAGCUCCAUCGCUCCUUCCAGGGACUCUGCAAUAUCACAUGGAAGCCUCACUGAUUGGGGGAAGAGCACAUACACACACACACACACACACACACACAGUUUUGCAUUUUCAUACUUUAAUACACAUUACCCACCAUGAGUUUUUCACAUAAAUCAUAAGCAUGACUAAUAGUUUAAUAAGAUGUUACAUUAAAGUAACUUACUUUGCAUUAAAGAGAGAAUUAAGCUCAUUAAACUUCAUAAUUACAUUUAUUGUUAUUAUCAACAAACACCUUUCUUUUUUUGUAUGCAUUUGAACAAUUUUCACGAAGGGAAGCCACAGAACACCUGACUUCUGGUCUCUCUCAAAUUUCUGAUUGGGCCAGAGCAAACUUGGUAUUGUUCAAUGCCUCAAAAACUCAAUUCCUCCAUCUAUCAACUCACUUUUCUGUGACUUGAAUUCCUUCAAGAGGAAGGUUUCAAGACACUUAUCCUUCAAUUUUUUUUACUACUGCUUCGGACCCUGCUUGAGGACCAACAUUUUUUUUUUUCUUUCUUUCUUCCUUGGCUGGUGUCCCUCCUACAUAAAGAAAAAAAGAGAGAUGGCAAUGGUUCACUGGUGCCUGACUUGCUGCAGAACCAGUAAAGGACCAAUACACUCAGUACUGGACAAAUAGAUGAUACUUUUCCUGUGCUACUGCUUCACAUCUUCUGUCUUCUUCCUUGUGGGUGUGUGUGUGUGUGUGUGUGUGUGUGUGUGUUUGUAUAUAUAUAUAUAUAUAUAUAUAUAUAUAUAUAUAUAUAUAUAUAUAUAUAUAUAUAUAUAUAUAUAUAUAUAUAUAAUCUCAUUAGAUAUUGUACUCUCAGUAUUACACUUAAAUAUUUUUAAAUGCAGUAUGUUUAUUUUUUUUAUUUAAAUCACAUUUCUUUUUAUUCUGAUUUAUAUCAAAUCAACCCUGAUUUGUAUAGAGUUCAUUGAGUCUUGAGAAUUAUUAAGACAGGGUGAGGCACUGAAGUGGUGGUGGUGGUUAAUCAGUAGGAAGUGGUAAUGUAUUGGAAAGUUGUAUAGUGUGUGUGUGCGUGUGUGUGCGCACGUGUGUACACACACACCACAAAAUAUACUCAUGUAAAUAUGUAAAUCAUGAACACAAAAAUUCUCUCUCUCUCACACACACACACACAAGGAUGAAAGAAACACACAUGGCCAAUCUGUCCUUUAUUACCAAACACACGCACACACACAGACGCACACACUAAAUUAAUUGCAUUGAUAAACAGUGUGCGCGACCAACCCUCUAUCUAAUAUUUACAAGCGCACACACCAUGUACGUCAUGUACAUAGUACACCUUCUCUCCCACACCUCCAAGGCACAGGUACAUGCACACAGAUGCACACAUACAUACACGUGUGCGUUUUGUAGCUACUGGGUUGUAUAUUGUGAAGUUUUCUAUAUUUUAUUUAUUUGCAGUUCUUUUUUUUAUUUUCCAUUUUGUCAAUUUAUUAUUUCUUAUUUUAUUUAUUUUUGUGGUUUUUAUCAUUUCAUUUUCAAUUGUUGUUCAUCAAGUCUUGUCAGGAUUUUUUAUUAUCUUAUUUGUUUUCAUCUUAAUUUUCACCUUUUUUUCUUUUGUUAGGUAAUAUUUUCAAACAAAUUAUUAUUAUAAUGUUUCUAUCAAAUUUUUAUAUAUAUUUUUAAAAGCAGUCUUUUUUUCUUUUCUUUUAUAUUUUUAAAAGCAGUCUUUUUUUCUUUUCUUUUUUAGUUAUGGUUGUGCAAAAGAAAUUGACUAUUUUUAAAAGCUAUUGUGAUCUCAAAUUAUCUUUUCAUGUAUUUUCAUCUCACUUCCUGUUUUCAUCUUUCCUCCCUUUUUAUAGUUGGCAACAAUCACUAAAAGAUUCAUUCCAUCAUUUUUUCCAGAUUUUUUUUUUUUUCAGCAUCCUUUCAUCAUUCCUUUAAUUCAUUUCUCCAAAUAAUUUUUUUUGCAUCAUCUUUCAUUCCUUUAGGCAUCAAAUUCUAAGCCUCAAUAAACCAAGGCUCGUAUCAACUUUAGUCAUUCCUUUAAGGCUCUGGUGACCUGUCUCUGUACUCCACAUUCUUCACAACAAAAUAAUUUUAGUUUUAAAUAGUUCUAAGUGGCAAUCUAGUAAGUAUAGGAAUCUCUCUCUCUCUCUCUCUCUCUCUCUCUCUCUCUCUCUCUCUCUCUCUCUCUCUCUCUCUCUCUCUCUCUCUCUCUCUCUCUCUC